AUGGCCCAUAGUUGGUUUUAUGUUGCGAUUCCUGACUUCCCCACCGAGGCCCCGUUAGACAUAGAGGUGGUCACAGCGUCGAAAGCGACUGAUCUUGCGCAUUUGGAGCCUCUGGAGCCAUGGUUGCAGGCGGCCUCUCCUCGUGCGCUGUUGUCACGCGUGGUGGAAACAGCACAGCUGGCAGUGGACAUGGUCGCAGGAUUGGGUCAACCGGUCUCGACCGUCCCAGCUGACGUAGCUCCUUCCGCUGGGAAGGACGUCUCAAAGGUAGCUGCCAAAGACUCCAAAGAUGACUUGGACACAACCGUCUCCAGCCUAGACUUGCCCGCCGACUCCAAGGCCCAGGGGCCCCAGGGGCCUCGGGAGGACGAGCCGGAGCCGGCGGCGGAGGAAUUUCUGGACGCCGAGCCAAUGGCAGGAGCAGCGGCCGCACCGCAUCCUAAGAGCACCGGCGCCGCGGCCCUUCCGAAGCAUGACAUGCCCCUGUUCACUCCAGGUACUGGUGCUGGGGUUCCGCCUCCCAAGUCGCUGGCGGAACCCGAGUCCGUGCCCACGACUCCGGUGCAAGCCUGGCAGCUGGGUGGCCGGGGUCCCUUGCCACCGGACUUGGUCAGGGAGCCGAUGGCCAUGGCCAUCGGUACCACCAGUGCCAUCAGCGCCAACCUACCGCGUGACCUGUCCCCUGCAGUCGCGGCCGAGCCAAAGAUGGAGGUUGCGAUGACCGCAGUGCAAACUGCUGGCCCAACGUGCCCGGAGAUUCAGAGCCCGGAGCCGGAGGAGCUACCAAUGGUGUCGUUCCGCAGGCAAAGAGCGACUUCGCCCAUGUCUCCAGCAUCUCCAGUCUGGGAGGUGGAAAAUGAGACCACUUUGAUGUCUCGUUUGGAUGGAUGGGGCGCCACACGGUCGCCUCCUCGUUGGCCCCAGAAGCCCCGCUGGGCCGGCACCUGGACCUUGAGCCCCAGCGUUCCCAGCCCCCCUCAACGCGCGGGCUUCAGCGGCCUGGGAAGCACCAGGAGUACCAUGACGCCACGACAGAGGCUAGAAGACCUGGCCGCAGAUGCCGGGCCCAAAGCACCCCCCUCGCCCGCACGGGAGCCGCGGGGGUCCCUCGCCUCGCCCGCGCGGUGGUCGGAGCGUCUCGACGUGAACACCAAGCGCCUGGCGAAGAUCCUGCGGUCCUGUGCUAUGGACGAGUCCAGUGAUAGAGCCUCAGGUUGCUUUGGUGGAUUCUGCUGGGAUAAUCAGGUGCAGAAACCUUCAGUGCAGACCUGUGCCCUUCAGCGCUGCUGGAAGGGGAUCCGGCAGGCGGAGGAGGAGCGGCAUCCGCUACCGGAGAUGAUCCCCACCCAGAGCCGAAAACCUCCCGCGGCUGAGGUUUAUCUUUUCCGUCCGGGACUCUCAGCUUUCUGGGCCCUGGGCAGGUCCAAAAUCCAUCCAAGCCACAUGCAGCAGCCUGCGGAUGACGGUGACGCGCAACAGGGAGAGCUGCCGCCACCUAGCCGUGGAAAACUUGGGGAACAGGGUAGCUACGGGCUCGUGGCCAUCCCAAGGACCGUUCGAACAGCUGCGCGCGAGUUGGGGCUGCUGAUCGUAGUGGUGUUGCUGCUUUCCUGCGAUGAGCUGAACCCAGUGAAGGUGCUAUGUAGCUACACGAGUGGUGUCAUCGGUGUCUCAGAGGUGCACUUUUCCGUUUCCGCCGCGAUCCUCUUGGCCGCCUUGGGGGUCAACCAGCGGGACCACAUCCUCUACACAUGUGCUAGGACCUUUUUUCGAUGCACAUUUAACAACAUCUUCUUCAGCUCUGUGGAGAUCGUGGGCCUGGAAAAUCUACCAAAGGAGGGGCCGGUGAUCAUCACAGGUAAUCACAACAAUCAGUUUGUGGAUGGUUUGAUGUUGCUGACCAACUGUCCGCGUGAGAUCUCUUUUAUGAUUGCGCAGAAGUCUUGGGAUCGUCCACUGGUCGGAUUCCUGGCGCGCGCCUUUCAUUGCAUUCCGGUGGCUCGACCCCAGGACAUGGCCUGCAAGGGUCAAGGAACCAUCACUUUGGAGGAAGGAUCUGCAAAUGCGCGGGGGGUGGACACCCACUUUGGCACAGAGGUGACACCCGGCAGUCAAGUAGAUGUCAAAGGCCAUCCCAAGUUGUUGAAGGUCAAGGAGGUGCUCAGCGCCACGGAGCUGCAGCUGGAAUCUGUGGCCAGCAGCAGCCUUUCCGGCAGCUUCAAGGUGCACCCCAAGGUCGACCAGUCCACCAUGUACAAACAGGUGUAUCAGAGCCUGUGCUCCGGACAGUGUCUGGGAAUCUUUCCGGAAGGUGGCAGCCACGAUCGCACAGAUUUGCUGCCGCUGAAAGCGGGCGUGGCCGUGAUCGCGUUGGAAGCGCACAGUUCGGUGGGAGAGUUGCCGCCUAGCUGUAUUGAGGAAGUUCUUUUACAGACCACUUGGAUCGCGCUGUCGAGUUUUGUCCUAGCCAAGGAUACCAGAGGACUGGAACAGGGGGAGAUCCACGCGAGCUACGAGACGAAUCGUCGCGAGGCCACCGAGGAGCUGCUGAAUCUGGUGGCCGCAGCCAUGCGCAGCGUGAUCAUCCCUACAGAGGAUUACAAGACGCUGCAGCAGAUCUUCAUGGUGCGUCGCUUGUGGGUGAAGGAGGGUCUCAAACUGAGCCCUUCAAAGGCCAUGGAUCUGAACCGUCGCUUCGCGGUGGGCGUGCACCGCAUCCUGCGCCUCGCCGAGCGGGCGGGCGCCGAUGCCUCGAUGCUGACGCCAACGCACGAGUUGGAGCAAACCGAUCAGGCGGGUGAAAACCAGGAGCCGCUCAAGGAGGAGGAACUCAGAGAGUUUCAGGAGAUGCGAACAGAGCUCGAAGAGUACAUGCGGACUCUGAAAAAGCUGGGCAUCAGAGACCACCAGGUGCCACAACUUGUGUGGUGGACGGUGGGGGAUCUGAUUGGCCGCUUCUUGUACCUGCUGGUGACGUUGGCCUUGGGCGUGAUCCCAAAUGUCAUGUUUAAUUUGCCCAUCAUGAUCGUCUCGUCACGCUUCGCGGUGAAGGAACAACAGAAGUCUUUGAAGUCUUCGAGUGUGAAACUCGCUGCUCGCGAUGUGGUGAUGUCGUACAAGGUGAUCUAUGUGCUGACCUGCAUUCCGAUCCUUUAUGUUUUUUACGGCUUGAUGCUGUGGUGUUUCACUGACUGGACGCACACCUCGAGGGUUUUGUCUCUGCUCAGUCUGCCUAUGUUCGCAUUCUUUGGCAUGAAGGCCAGCGAGCAGGGUGUGAGAGCUUACAAAGACAUCAUGCCGCUCUUCAGACGCCUGGUGAACGACGAGAAACGUCGUGAGCAAGACGCGUUGCCGGCCCAGCGUGCGAGACUGCGGCGACAACUUCACAAACUGGUCAACACUCUAGGGCCGCGCCUGGGUGACCUCUACUACGACAACAAGGUGGAAUGGACGAAGCACAUGACGAGCUUCGGCAAGGAGGAUGGAAGCCGAAGCCCCAAGCGCGAGAACCAGUCCCGCGAGCUGAAGGCCUUGAAGCCAAAAAAGUGGGGCCGGAGAAGGUGA